AUGAACCAAUCAUCCCAGAAGAAAGUUCCUCGGGUACAAGCUGCUCCCGACACAUCAGCUACAAAGGUAGCCAUGCCCAGGACUUCCUCAGACCCUCGCACUUAUACCGAAAAAGAGGUGCAUGGCUUCGUAGGUAAUGUGUUAGAUAUGGCAGUACAGCUUCUGGCAGGGGAGAGAAAGAGAGAGGGACCGAGAGAAGCUUCUGAAAACAACUCGGGAAGCGACCCGGGAAGCGAGACAGUAAUUAAUAGUCUUCAGAGUGGCCCGGCCCCGGCCCGCAAAAAGAGAGCGCUCGAUACCGACGAGGAAAUAAUUUGCAACACCCCAGCCAUCACUGCGGAAUCUCCUCGGCCAACGAUCAACCAACGUCUUCCUUCUAAUACUGCACCCCGGAAAAAGACAGGCAGUCGCCAAAACACGCGGGUUAAGUCACAAGACUUGUGUGCGGCUCGAAGACUGCAACGAGAAACCCCCUUAGCGACUUGGAUAGAACAGAAUACUACCACACAUGGUAAAGUUCGAGAUUGGCACACUAGGCCUAUUCUCUUUAACCCAAGUGUUCCGUCUCCACGAGAUAACAAACUCCCGACCCGUCGGUUCUAUGGGGACCUUGCGUGCGCUGUAAUGAGUACCGAGUACAUAUCCUCUAAGAUGAUGCGCCAUCUCAAGGCUCCCGCUGACUACGACUCGCACGGAAAAUUACUCUCCACGCGAGUUUCCGUUGGGUUACCGGCGAUGAAUGCGGCGGGCCAAAUACUCUUGGUUGACGGAAAACCAAUGCUUGGCUUCCUACGAGAUAUAGCUGAGCAAUUUCCUCGUUACGAUAAGAUCGAGGUUACAGCAAAGGCUGCCGUCUGUGGAAAAGAUGCCGCUUGGUACGAACAAAAAUUCCGGGAUACAAAUGCUAGGCACUUGUCGCGCUCCAGCACUGGCAAUCAGAAUGGAUCCGAAGCCGUCAAACCAACUCAUAUUUUUCCUCUCUUCCUCCUUCGUCCAGGACUCGAACCACAUACUGAAUCAGCUGAUAAGUUUCCUCCAUCCCCACCUAGAAACACCAUACAUACCACAGCAUUCCCUGGUUUCCCUUUCUCUUUACCUCGUGCUCCAAGAAGUCAGACACUACCCCAGUCAGCUUCUGUCCACGGUCCCACGAUACGACAAAGUGUACCAAAAUUGUCCUUCCCAGAAGACGCUUCAAGAACUUGGUCGAGUGACAACCGAGUUUGUUCCACCUUAGUAGCACGCGGGCCACUAGAGCGACUUGGUCAAGAUGACUAUAUGCUGAAGACAACCGAAAACAACCGAUUCACAAGUCCCGCCAUGUCUCCAAAUGGUGACAUCGAAGCCGAAAAUCUGGUCCGAGAAGAUCUCUAG